AUGUCAUCCACCGGUCAAACCGACACUGCAACUUUUGCAGGCGGGUGCUUCUGGGGCGUCGAGCACAUCUUCCUGAAGCACUACCCACCCUCGCAGGACAAGGGAAUCAUUAGGACUGCGGUGGGUUACACCGGCGGGAAGGAGGACGCGAAAAACCCGAGCUACCGCCAGGUUUGCACGGGGACGACUGACCAUGCGGAGGCGUUGAAGAUCGAGUUUGACCCGACCAAGGUGUCGUAUGAUGAGCUAGUUGAGUUCUUCUACCGCACGCAUGACCCGACAACGGAGAACCGACAGGGCGCGGAUCGCGGUACUCAGUACCGGUCAGCCAUAUUCUACCACUCGCCGGAGCAGAAAUCUAUUGCCGAGCGCGUGACGGAGGAGGUGCAGAAGAAGCACUUCGACCCCAUUGGCAAGAAGAUCGUCACGCAAAUUGUACCCGCUGGGCAGUGGUAUGACGCCGAGGAGUAUCACCAGCUAUACCUGUUCAAGAAUCCGGAUGGGUACCAGUGCCCAACGCACAGGCUAAACUGGUGA